AUGCCAAGUCCGUAUCAACCCAGCGCAUCGCAAACUUCACGGCUACCAUUCGCUUCGAGAUAUGCGCCUGCGCCCGCGCCUUUGUUCUACAGCGCUACAGACGAGUUCCGCGAAGAGGACGAUGGAGCGGAACACGAGCGCGAGGUGGCGGAUUACUACGCACUACAGAGAUCACGACGGCAGUUUGGGGCGGGCAAUUUGUCGGAGUCGUCUGAGAUUGAAGAGGAUGGCUCCGGGAUAGAUCAUAGUGGGGGUGUGGAAGUCCUGGAGAACGCGGUGCCGGGCUUCGGUAGGGGGAUAAAGAGUUCUUGGAGAGGCGGGAAAAUAAGCACAAGAGGGAGGACGAAGGGUGUGGAGCCGGUUCAAGAGAAGGAUGAGAGGGAGCGGAGUAGAGGCGCGUCCGAGUCUAGUGAGGUGGCCAGCAAAGGGAGAGGCAAGCUCGUUGAUGUAGAACUGGCAUCAACUGCGCGCGACAGCAUGGAAGAGGUGGACCCCGCAGAGGCGUUUGGAGAUGCCGCAUCACCGCUAGAAGACCGGCCUCCCGCAUUUCAGCAGUUUCGUACUCCUCCUGGCAUCUCGCGAAGCCCUAUGCAGCAUCUUCCGAUACCUCGAGAGACCGACCCGGACACUAUAGCACAGAACCCGCGGCCUUUCAGUCCGGACCGAGAAAGUGUGCCGCCUGUCGUUCAGGUUGGUGCCCCGGAACCGCCUCGACAUGAUGCACUGUGGGCGGCAUUAUUUUGGAUCGCUGUGGCAUCGCUAUUUGCAACUUACUUCCUGGUGCUGCUACACACAUCGGCGCCGAGUAGCAAGAACCCACUGGGCGAUACUAUCUAUACGACGCUACAUUCAUCGUAUCAUCUCCUGGCCGUGUACACACUAGUUGCGAGCAUCGUCGGUUCGGUCUGGUUAUGGACGCUCAAGUAUCACGUGCGACCUGUCAUGCUUCUAAUAGCUGUCUCUGCACCCAUCGUCCUCUUUUCCUUUUCGCUGUGGCCGUUGAUCUCAAGCUACAAAGGCAGAUGGCAUGGCGACAGCGUCCAAGACAAGGCUCUCCGGUGGCUGUCACUGAUACUUGGAUUGUUCGCCCUGCUGUGGGUGUAUACCGCCUGGCGCGGGCGACACUCGUUCAGCAAAGCCGGAGAGAUCCUCGAGCUUGCAUCCAAAGUGCUCGCAACAAGUCCCUCGCUGAUGUUCGUCGGCAUCGCGCGACUUGCAGCAGUCAUCCUCUGGACAUGGAUCUGGCUUACCAUGUUCAGCCGCGUCUUCCUCGAGGGCCACUUCUCAGCCAAGCGGUCCUUCAUCAUCGACACCAGCACAUGGUGGCUCGGCGUCGUCUUCGUGCUCGUCUACCUCUGGACCCUCAGCGUCGCCUCCGGCGUGCACCGCGCCACGACCGCCGCGACUGUGAGCCAAUGGUACUUCCACCGGCUCGCCGUGCCCGCGCCCUCCUCCCGCAUGAUCGUCCAAGCAUCCAUCACCCACGCAACGACCACAAUCUUCGGCACCAUCUGCCUCUCGACCUUCCUGUCCCUCGCCGUGCGCCUCCCGCUCCUCCUCCUCCCUCGCCGCCUCGCGGGCCUCCUCAGCCUGCUCGCCUACUCCCUCAUCCCGACCCCAAUCGCGACGCUAACAAACCCCCUCACCCUCACCUACGCAGCUAUCCACUCCCAGCCCCUUAGCACCGCGGCCCGCGCACUGGGCACCAUGUCCUUCGUCUCCAAGACCUCGCCCACGACGACACUGGGCCCUGCGUCCUUCUCGUCGCAGAGAGGCGCGACGCUCCUCCCCUACCGCCUCGCGAAACUGAUCCUCCUCGCCACGCGGCUCGUCAUGGUCUUCGCGCUUGGCUUCGGCGGCUGGGUCAACACCGCGCGGGCGCUCAGGGUCAGUGGUCCCGACGCCGGUGGCGCGGGCGCGGUGGUCAAGGGCAGUCUUUACGCGUAUGUGGUGGGCUUGGUGGCGGCGACGAUUGGCUGGGCGGUGCUUGGGGCGAUGGAGGGGGUUCUGGGUGGCAUUGUGGAUGCGUUGGUUGUGUGUUGGGGGUCUGAGGUGGGGAGCCAGGGAUUUGGGGAGGCGAGGUUUUGUCGGGAGGCAGGGGUGGUGUUUGGGGAGAGGGGGAGGGAGAGAUGA